AUGGCACCAAUUAAGGCCAUUGAGAAACAAGGUAUAGUCACCAUUCUUGGUUCUGAUAUUAAACAAGGAGCCUCCUUGAGAAGAACACUUUCGGCUGAUAUGUCUUCAAAGAAAUGGCUGUCACAAAAUGGGUUUUUCUCUACGAAAAAGAUUGCAUCGUCUGAAGGACUAGUGAUCAACGGUGCUGAUUCAUCUUCUUCAUCUGAAAGUGAAGAAGAAUAUGAUGAAAAUAUGCCAGGACAAGAUGAAAUUUGGAGGUCGAUUCAAUUACAGAAAGAGAAGCAGAAUAAUCAGACAGAUCAAAAUCCAUCAAGAUUAGAUUCUUGGGGUACAAUUCUAUCUCAAAAGAAUUAUCAAGAUUCGUCCAAGGAGUCUCCACCACCUUACGUUCAUCCUCUUGUUAAAAGAUCGGCCAGCAGUUUGAGCCAGAAAAGUCUUGAAAUGUGCACUGAAAAUCUUGGAUCCGAAACUGGCUCUGAUGUGUUCUCCUUGGACCCGGGCCCUGACCCUCCUCAAACAGAAAAUUACAGCCAAGAAAAAGUGUCCAAAACUUUCGGAGAUAUUAAUGUUGUCAAGUACAAAACAGUGUCCCCUCGGCCACUUCCCCCUCCACUUUCUUCCAUUGGCGGUGGCGAUGGAAAUUCACUUCGUAUGCACUGCCACCGCCAAAAUGGGAGGUUAAUUCUUGAAGCUGUGUCCAUUCCUUCAAAAAACUGCUUCCGGGCUAGCCGCCAUGAAGGCCGCCUUCUCCUCACUUUGAUCGACCCACCCACUUUUCAGGCUGCAGCCAUGGCUGAGGAGGUGGCGUCACCGGAACUGGCACCGGCAGAGGUGGAGGUGGAGGUGGAGGUGGAGGUUCGGUCUGUGAUUGAGCAGAAUCCAAAUCCAGUAGGUAGAAUUUUGAGUGUGGAUAAAUCAGGAUUAAUGGUGAAGAGCUUCGUGGGACUAAGAAACAAGAUGAAUUCUACAUGGUCUAACAAAUUCAACAAAACUGUGAAGUUAAUAGAUGUUGGGGAGGAGCUGCCACUUUCAUCACUACCACCCAGAGUAGCUCGACUUAUUUCCACGCCACCUCCACCGCCGCCACCAUCACUGGCCGCUGUCGCCUCCUUUAAUGCCUAUGAAUACUUCUGGCGGAAAAAGACAAGCUUCAUCACUACUCCACAAUGCAUUCCCCUCAAAAACAACCACAAGAUUGCCCAUUUCAGUGGUGAAAACACGUAUGAACACCAAGAUUUGGUGCUCAUUAGCCCUUUGUCGAGGGGAUGCAAAGAGCAAAGGAAGUCUCUAUUAAUUUGGGAGCCAUACUGCAUUGCCACCUCCUAA